CCGGACGACGUGGGACCAGCACGGCGCAGCGGAGACCAGCGCGGCGGAGCGGCGAAGAUCAACGCGCCAGAGCGACGAGGACCAGCGCGCCGAAGACAGCGGGAGGAGACAACGCAGCGAAGCGCCGAGGAAGGGCUCGCAAGGAUGGGUGCGUGCGUGAGUGGUAAGAAAAACCGAGAGGAACACAGAGAACAUGAACCGAGGAGCAUCCCGCCAGGGAGCCCAUUAGGGCAGUUGUUGGAUAAGUGGAAAAGUUGUGAGGACUUAAAGGAGUUAGAUAAGAGAAAGAUGGUGAAUUAUUGCAUGGAAGUGUGGCCGACGUUAGACCUGAUAGGGGGAUGGCCGUGGUGCGGAACAAGAGACAGGUGGAUGUGUACUCAGUUGAGACAGCAUCUAGAGUCACAAAAGUAUGUCGAUGCCGAACAGUUACAGUAUGUUAUCGGUUGGGAGAAGGCCAUGACAAAAGAAAAAGAAGUAAAAAUUUGUAAGUUAAAAGAGAUGGAGGAAGAUAGAGAUGGCAAGGAAGCAGAACCGAAGGUACCCAAGUGGGACCCCCUAGAUUAUUUGCCUCCCCCAAGUUAUCCGAAUCCACAACUGACUCAACCCCCAUCCUCUUUGCCUGCAUCAAUCCUGACUCAACCUGUACCUUCCCCUUCCUCGUCCUCUCUUCCACCAUUGACACCCAUUUCAUCUCCGCCCCUCCCUCCACCCCUGACACCUUCGACCCUACCCGUGCCCGUUUCAAACAAUCCCCAGACCCAACCUAUGCCUCAUCUGUCCUUACCUACUCCAACUCAACUUGGGUCCUCCCCAUUUUUGCCCCCUGUGACUCAACCAAUGCCUCUAUCAUCUCUACCUCCCACCAUUCAACCUGGACUUUCCCGGUCAACACCGUCCCCAACUCAAUCUAGUUCCCUGGUGACUGUACCACUGUCUGUAUCUCCUGGGAUAAAUUCUCCUUACCCUGUCGGAGCACAACACGCCUCGCAGGGGACACCAGCCCCCUCAGAGGUACCGACGCCUCCCGUGAAAUGGGGGGUAGAUUCACUGAAUAGUACCAGCGCCUUCCCAUGUAGUCAGCAGAAUGGAGUUCAGGUCCAUACCCCACAAGCAGAAGAUUACCAGGGAGGUCCAUCAAAGAAUACCCGGUCAAAGGUGAAGCUCUUUCCCCUGAGAGAAGUUCCGAUGGGAGGAAUGAUCGGGGGAGUGGGAUUCGUGAACGCGCCUCUAACGGCGUCUGAAGUAAGGAGCUUCAAGAAGGAGCUUAAGAAUUUGGUUGAAGACCCGGUUGGGGUAUCAAAACAGGUGGAUCAGUUUCUGGGGCCUAAUAUAUACACAUGGGAGGAGAUGAAUUCAAUUCUAGGAAUUCUUUUUGACCCAGAGGAAGUAAGACUAAUAAGAGUGGCAGGGAUAAGAGCCUGGGAAAGGGAUAACCGGAUGGGACCCCCAGGGGAUCACAAACUACCUCUGACAAAUCCGGGGUGGGACCCCAAUGAGGAAAGAGACAGGAGAAAUAUGGAUGACUAUAGGACUCUGAUUAUAAAGGGAAUUAAAGAAGCAGUGCCCCGCAGUAGCAACACCAAGCUGGCAUUUGAUGGAGCCCAGGAAAAAGAGGAGACUCCCUCAGCCUGGCUGAGUAGAUUGCGGCAGAAUUUUCAACAAUAUUCUAGCUUAGACCCCGACAGCUUAGAAGGGCAGACAUUGUUAAAAGUGCAAUUUGUGACAAAGUCUUGGCCUGAUAUUAGAAGGAAGAUAGAGAAAAUGGAAGACUGGCAAGAGAAAGAAAUUAAUGAGUUGUUGAAAGAGGCUCUACGAGUCUACUUGAGGAGAGAUGAAGAGAAAGCUAGAAGCAAGGCGAAAGUGAUGGUUGCGGUUGCCAGAGAGAGUGCAAAGGGAAAUCCAGUAAUGCCGAGGAAGCCGAAUGGAAGUGGGUCACAAGGAAAAGGGAGAAAGGGAGACCUGGCUCCAUGGGAGACACCCCAGAGACCUGGGGAGGGAAGGAAAUGUUUUUAUUGUGGCGAGGUGGGGCACCUAAGAAAGAAUUGUAACAAAGAGUCAUUUGAUGCUGCUAUUGCUAAGGAACAGGACCUUUUGGAAAAGGUAUUAAGAGGAGAUGAUGAUGGUACUGAUUAGGGGUGU